CCUCUGAGUCUGUGAGAGUUACUAUUGUUAGGUAAGCGUGGAGAGCCAAUUGAUCCUCAGACCGCGGCGAAGGCAAGGACCAUACUCCAUCAUUGCAGAGGUCAGAGAUCAUUGAGUUUGGUCUUGUACCUAGAGUAGAAGAGCGGAGGUUUAAGAACAAGUUUAAUCUCCCAAAGGGGCUCCAAUUGUCCGUCCAGAAGCGAGUGUUUCUGCCAUUCCCCACCUCCACAUUGAUCCAUCUUUGCGCAGGAUGAUUUUGACGAAUCAAGCCACCCAGAUUGAACCUGUCCGGAAGAAGAGAAACCAGACGAGCUUGAUAGAGCAUGCUUUGUUCCAAUAAUGGAUAGUAAACGUAUAGCACCAAAGGAUGACAAUUUGAAACGCUUAAUUUCUACAACAACAAAGGAUGACAAUUUGAAACGUAGAGCACAAAAAAAGCAAACUUCUCUUCCUACAGAGACUGCUUCUCUUGUCGAAGAAUCAAGCGUUCCAACUGCUUCCAAGCUUUCUACUACCAGCAGCAAUGCUGGAUCUGCAACAAUCCAGAACAGAUCUGAGAUUACUGAAACUAACACUGUUCACGUGAACAGUUCAGUAGAUACUUUCCAAGGGUUUACCAUUCUCCCACCCAAAAAAUCCACUCCACCACUUCCAAACUACUCCCUUGCAAGUCAAACAACUAAACCCUUACCCUCUCCUACCCCACCAAAAGCUUCCCGAAAAACUAUUAUCCCUCUCCUUCCUCGUUCUAACGUACCCCCUCCUGAAACAGCCUUAGACCCAAACAAAUCACCUCCUCCCCUCCCAACUAAAACCCCAGAAGCCCCUACUAAAACAUGGGGCAAGAGAGCGAGCUACAUUGCUGACAAGUAUUUGAAACGACUAGCUCCAAAAUCUUACUCGGAAGCAGGCAUUCCUCAAGUGACAGUGCCUGAUGAAGUCUUCCAAAGAGGUGCAGAGAUGCACAAAGAGUUCAUUGUUGGGUCGUUCUUGGCAAAAAUGCCAUCAUACCAAGCGAUUCAAAGUGUCCUCAACUUCCUUUGGGGAAAGGGCAUAAACUCGACAUUAGAACCAACCUGCAAGAAAGAACAAUUCUUGUGUGAAUCCCAAAUGAGUUCAUCAGGAAGAAAGUGUUGGAAAAGGCUUUGGUAUGUAGGAAUAGCAAUGUUCCAAGUCUCACCGUGGACAUCAUCCAAAGAAGCAGCUCCCAUUGACUUCUCCUCUAUUCCUCUUUGGGCUCACCUGACUGGACUGCCUCUCGAUCUUAGAAUCCUGGAAGGAUUAAGCUUCGCUGCAGGGUUGAUUGGAGAACCAAAGGAGACGGAUGAAUUCACAAGAAACAUUACUGAUGUCAAUCUCGCACAUGUGAAGGUUGAAGCAGACUUAAUUUCACCCCUUCCUGACCUGAUUGAACUCAAGAGAACGAGUGGAGAAAUUUUUCAAGUCUCUGUUCAUAUCUUUGGAUCCCUCCAACCUGCUCUCAUUGUAGCCAACUUGGUCACAUUCAGAAGGAUUGCCUCACUUCCCCACAAGAAAACAUCCCACCUAAAUCCCAGCCUAAAACACAAACUGCGCCUUCGUCAUCAACUGAACCUACCCAUGAGACCCCUCCUGUGA